AUGGCGCCCGAGGCGUGGUACAUGGACGACAAGCUCGACGACCAACGGCUGCCGCACCGCCUCGAUCCCAACCAGCCCUGCUCCCUCGAGACACUCUCCGAGCUGGGCAUUCUGUACUGGAAGCUGGACGCGCACAUCUGGGAUUCCGACCCCGAGCUGAAGCAGAUUCGCAAGGAGCGCAACUACUCGUACGAGGAGGUGGUGAACAUCCAUCCGGACACGCUGCCCAACUACGAGCAGAAGCUCAAGUCGUUCUAUGAGGAGCAUAUCCACACAGACGAGGAGAUUCGCUACAUCCUCGAUGGCAGUGGCUACUUUGAUGUGAGGGACUUUGAGGACCGUUGGAUCCGCAUCCACACGAAGAAGGGCGACCUCAUCGUGCUGCCAGCUGGCAUUUACCACCGCUUCACCCUCGACUCCACCAACUACGUCAAGGCACUCCGUCUCUUUGUUGGCGAGCCUGUUUGGACUCCUUACAACCGUCCGGCUGAUGAAAUGGCUGCCAGGAAGGAGUACCUCGAGAAGUUUGCCAUCAGGACUGCAACUGCUGUUGCAUAG